UAUGUACAUAAUUCCAUUUGUUUAUCGCGUUUUCAAAAGAUGAUCGCUCAUUUUGGUAUAAAUACCAAACUGCCGAAAUUUUUCCACAACUACGCAAAGUUACGUGAUACAUUUAAUUGCAGUGGACAAUCGUCUACAAAAAUGAGUUCCAGAAUUUUCAAGUUUUUGACCACUUCUUCAGAGAAUAGUUCUGCAUAUACUUGCAUCGUGCCAACCAAGGAUUCGAAAAGAAAUAUUUCAGGGCAAGCAAAUCUAGAGCAGAUCACCGGUGUCCAUCAGUUAGAAAGCCGCAUCAUGGAAAAAGACAGGCUGGGUCAAUGGGGAAACGGAGAUAAUGUUGCCCCUGGAAGCGAGAGCGGAAUUGACCGGUUAAAAAAUCCAGGUUUAAACAAGGGUCUGGCAUUUUCCUUUGAAGAACGACAAGCCCUUGGCAUCCAUGGACUUUUACCUCCUCGUGUUUACACUCAAGAAGACCAAAUGCAACAUUGCAAAAUUUGCUUCGACAGACUUGAUGACCCUCUUAACAAGUACCUAUUUUUAAUGGGCUUAUUGGAUAGAAAUGAAAAACUGUUCUAUAAAUUCGCCAGAGAAUAUGUGCAAGAGAUAAUGCCUGUAGUUUAUACUCCAAUCGUCGGUCUGGCGUGCCAAAAUUUUGGACUUGUAUAUAGGAGACCUAGAGGUCUAUUUAUAACCAUUUACGAUAAAGGCCAUGUUUAUGAAGUAAUCAAAAACUGGCCAGAAAGUGAUGUCAGAGUAAUUGUUGUAACUGACGGAGAACGUAUUCUUGGUCUUGGUGAUUUAGGUGCCUGCGGUAUGGGCAUUCCUAUUGGAAAGCUCUCGCUCUAUACGGCUUUGGCCGGCAUCAAGCCACACCAAUGUCUGCCAAUCACAAUCGACGUUGGGACCAAUAAUCAAAAGUUUUUAAAUGAUCCUUUGUAUAUUGGAUUGAAGCAGGAAAGAGUUAGAGGACAAGAAUAUGAUGAUCUCAUUGAAGAAUUUAUGGAGGCUGUAGUAAAACGUUUCGGUCAAAAUUGCUUAAUACAGUUUGAAGAUUUUGGCAACUCCAAUGCUUUCCGUUUACUCGAAAAAUACAGAAAUUCUUAUUGUACUUUUAACGAUGAUAUACAGGGAACAGCAAGUGUAGCAGUGGCCGGUCUAUUGGCAUCGCUGAGAAUCACUAAGAGAAAGCUAAGCGAUAACGUAAUUGUGUUCCAAGGAGCUGGUGAAGCCAAUUUGGGAAUUGCUCAAUUGUGUACCAUGGCUAUGCAAGCUGAAGGUACCAGUGAACAAGAAGCCCGUUCUAAAAUCUGGAUGGUGGACUCAAAAGGUUUGAUCGUAAAAGAUCGUCCAGAAGGAGGUGUUUCCGUUCACAAAGCACCCUACGCGCAAAAUCACGCUCCAAUUAAGACUCUCACGGAGGUGGUUAAGCAGGUCAAACCUUCGAUUCUUGUAGGCGCUGCAGCUAUUAGUGGUGCCUUCACUGAGGAGAUUUUGAAGGAAAUGGCUAAGAACAAUAAACAACCCGUUAUUUUUGCUUUGAGUAAUCCCACAGACAAGGCUGAGUGUACCGCGGAGCAGGCUUAUAAAGCUACCAAUGGUACUUGCGUAUUCGCCAGUGGUAGUCCCUUCGCCCCAGUAACUCUUAACGGAAAAACAUUUUCACCUGGACAAGGAAAUAAUGCGUACAUUUUCCCCGGUGUAGGUCUUGGAGUCAUGUGCGCUGGAAUUAAAAAUGUUGGUGAAGAUCAUUUCCUUAUAGCUGCCGAAGCAUUAGCCGAGAUGGUCACGGAAGAAGACCUCGAAAAGGGAAGCAUCUACCCACCACUUUCAAAAGUAACUGAAUGUUCAGUCAGCAUUGCUACUAAACUUCUUGAGUAUUCCUAUUCAAAAGGAAAUGCAUCUGUAUUCCCUGAACCAAAACACAAGGAAAGUUUUGUGCGUGCUCAAAUGUACAAUACGGAUUAUGCUCCCGCAAUACCCAGCAUUUACUCAUUUCCCAAACUAUAAGCAAAACAUUAAAAUUAACAAUUUUUGUGAGGUAUCAAAAGAUGUAAAAGUCGGCAGGGCGAGAAUAUAAUGCAUUAAUUUGUUAAUAACCUAUUUGGUACGAGUUUAUUCACUGAAUAGUUGGAAAUAAUGUGUUGAUUACUAUGCUGUCAUUUACCUUCGUUGAUGAGGCACAUAAAUUAGUACCUAUAUUAUUAUAAUAAUUCACAAUAGAUAAUGAAAAUAUUGUGCAAAAUCUGUGUUAUUUGUAAAUUGUGUUAGGUGAUAGAAUAAAGCAAAUGAAAUGUUAUAAUUACUUUAUAGCCCAUGGAAAUUUUAUUUAUAGUUAGGUACCUAUUGUUUUAUUUGACAUAAUUUUAUUGAGUACCUAUUUUAAUAUAAGAGUGUUGCAAAAAAUAA